AUUCAGUGUCAACGGAUGGCAUGUGUGGCUGAGUUCAGCAUGGAUAUUUCGAAUGCGUGUGUAUGUGUGCAGCACCGAUCGAAGGCUCUACGCCGGAUCUCUGAGUCUGUCUCGUUGGCGAGGUUUACUGCCUUCGCCCUUUUAAAGUGUGUGUGUUCCACUUUGGCGGUACGGAAUGUAUACAUUCAUUAAGUGUUUAUGGAAUAUUUCUGUUUAUUUUCCUGUGAUAAGCAAGUUUUCUUCUUGGAUCCUAUUCUAAAUACUAUCAAUAUCAAAUUUUAAGCCCUUCAGCAUGUACCAAUACUUAAUGUUCUGCAAAAAUAAUUACUGCCUCAUAAUGCAUGAUCUGGACUAUAGAUGAAGAUGAAAUAAAUAUAUGGAGUAAGCGUUAAAGUCAAAGAAGCUGAAAUUAAGCAAAUUUCAUAUAAAUGGUUUCCUCAUUACCCUUGUGCAAUAUUUAGAUUUCAUUCAAAAUGGAUAGUUCUAACCAGUCUAUCUCACAUUCACAACAACUAUCUACUCAGGGAUACAGUCAUCAAUUGCAGCAAAGCCUGUGGACUGGAAACAAAGUUUGCCACAGUCCUGCUGCUCAAAGUACAAACGUAGAUCCGUACUCUCAACAAAUGAGUCGAUAUUAUCAAGCGCCAUACCCUCCUCAGACAAAUGACAUGAGUAGGUAUGCAUCAGGGAUAUCUAAAGAUCAAAACUCCAAUUCAGUUGCAUAUUCACAACAAUAUCCUGUAGCUAGGCCGAGUAACUACCCAUGUGUUCCUUCCUCCCAAAGCUAUCAAUCAACUAUAAAAAACAACUGUAGUAACAAUAUGUAUUAUAACAAUAUAAAUUCACCUAAAAAUAUACCUUCAAAUAACCUAGUUCAUGCACCAAAGAAAUUUACAAAUUCAAGCCUUGGGCACCCACAAGCCACUUCUGCUGUACCUCAGAGCUCUCAGGUUUCUCGUCCUACUACUCCAAUGCCACAAAUGCCUCAAUAUGCAGAUCAUAGCAGUUUUCCAGUGCAAAAUGUGUUUGUUUCAAAUUAUUCUAGCCAUUCAGGGAACGAAAAUGAACAAUCUUAUAUGUUGCCUCAAACUAUGGCACAGUCAACAACAAAUUUAUCAGUUCACGAUGCAGCAUCUAUUCAUUCAGUGAAUGUAGUACCACAAAAUCAAGUAUCCCAGGUAUCAUCAAUCCCAACUCCCCCAGAAACUUCAUCUCUUCCUCAUGAUACCAUGACCUCUGUGGACAAUGUUUCAGCAGAUGGGUCUGAAGGAAUGAAAAUGAAUAUGGCCAAUUCUUCAUUUGCUCUUCCUGGUAUGGUUUCUCACUUACCUAACAAUUUGUCAUCAGUAUCAUCCAUGUCAAAUGUACCAUUAGGUUCUAGAAAUUCUGGUAAUUCCUUGCAACCACCACCUAAUUUAGAUGAAGGUAGUCAGGCUUCAAGUGCUUCUGCAUCUUCAUCCAUUCCUGAUGAACAGAAUGUUAAAACAAACUCCAAACCAAAUUUUUCCUACCCUCCUACACCUAAUACGCUUUCUUCACCUGGUGCUGCUUCUAUGUCUUCUUUUCAUGAUGAUUUAGAGUGCAUAUCUAGUCCUGGUUGGCCGAAGACACCUGCUAGUCCUGUUGCUAAUAAUAACUAUGAGUUUGCCAACAUUAAGCGCCCAGAAAACCUGUUAAAAUUGUAUACUCUGUCUGAUGAACCUGAUCGACGAUAUUUUUUGGAUAAGUUGAUUGUAUUUAAUGAAGAUAGAGGUAGUCCAAUCACUCAGUGUCCUACAAUAAGUAAACAGCCAUUAGAUGUUUUCAGAGUGUACCUUACAGUAAAAGAACGUGGUGGAUUUGUGGAAGUUACUAAUGCGAAACGUUGGAAAGAUAUUGCUGGAGCUAUUGGAGUAGGUGCAUCUUCAAGUGCUGCAUACACGUUACGUAAACAGUACAUGAAACUAUUGUUGCCUUUUGAAUGCAAAUUUGAUCGUGGUGGUGUUGAUCCACAACCAAUCAUUAAUAUGGUUGAAGCUUCUUCUAGGAAAAAAGGGAAAAAUUCUCCUUCCUAUGGUAAUCAAAAUCCUUAUAAUCAAAACUAUUCUCCAGUGAUGGAUCGAUAUUCUGGAUACUCCAACUCAUAUCAGUCAUCUCGCUAUCAGUGUAAUAAUGCAAUGGAUUACCAAUGCUCGUCUAAUCCCGUGCAUUUUCCUCCAAACACUCCUCAUAAUGCUUCUCAUAAUAUGCCUGCUGGUCCUAACCAGUAUAACCAAUACUCUCAUGGCUCUCAAUCAAAUUAUGGAUAUUAUUCAAGUAAUAAUUCAACUUCCCCUGGUUUUAACAGCACAGUGCCGAACAACGUGAAUAAUAAUGUUUGUCAGUUCGGAAGAAGUGCUACCUCAACACCUCUGCCUCAAGAAUCGGGAUUUUAUCCUCAGCAGUAUUCAUCACAGCAAGGACAAUCUGUUCCUGAUGCGUAUAAUCCAAACCGUGGGUGUUCCAUGGAAACUAUGUUAUCAACAACAACAAAUCAGGGUAGUCAGGAUUCUAAUCCCUAUUCUGCAACCAAUGCAAUUGGUGGACCUUCAGGAAAAGCUGCGGAACGAGUGCAACAUUCAAAACCAACUCCUGAUAAUUAUGGAAAUAUUAGUUUAAGUGCAUCUCAUUCUAGUUCAGUUGAAAUUUCUCAAGAUAAAAUGAGUUUCAGUGUUAGUUACUCUGCCAACAAAAAUUCUCCUGAUCAGAACUCUGUGGUAGAAAAAAGUUUCGCACCUGGAGCUGCUGUUGCUGCACAAACUUACCAACAAACAAUACCUGAAAACCAAAUGACUAAACCUAAUGAAAUGAAUUAUUUUCCUGAACAACCUUCAACUCCCCAUCAGAUUUCUCCUCAAUUCACUGGCAGAAAUCAAGGUCCUUACCUUAAUCAGUCUCAAAGCUCUUUUUCUAAUCAAAAGUUGCCUUAUCAAGGAGAGUUUGCUAACAAGGAUGUUCACUCUAACCAGUAUGCACGUUUUACUGACUCCCAAAAUGAGUCAUAUCGAGGUUCAGAAGGCCCUCCUGCAAUACAGGUGGAUAGAAGCAGGGUCAUUUCUUGCAAUGAAAAUGUUCAAAGUCCUUCAAAGGUUUACCAGUACAGCAAUUCUUCCUCUAAGAAUAAUAUGUAUAACUAUGGUGUUCAACAAAGUCAUAGCAAAGAUGUGUUCAAUAAUACUGCUUAUUGUAAUCCAUACAAUACUCGUCCACAAAGAGCUUGGCAUCCAGAGCAAAAUCAACAUCCAUAUCCUAUGCAUCCUGGUCAACGGCCACAAAUGAAGAAUCCAUUAAAUGCAUCAGAGGGAAAACAGUCAGAUGUUAGGCUUAGAAAAGCUUGGGUACCUUUCAGAGAUUCCUCUCAAGUACAAAAUAAGCUUCAAAAUUCUACUGCAAGCAUUUCUGCUCUAAGCCAGAAUAUAUCUUCUAAUAAAAUUCAGCCUCAAAAUAAUUCGGUAUCAGGAGCUCAAGUGCUUCCCUCUCCCAUAAAAAAGCCUUUAGAGUUUCCUCCUAACACUGUGGAAUCAGUUAAGCCAGUUGCAGUCAAAAGGCGAAGAUGUCCAGCAAAAAGAAUCAGUCCACUUGAUCCUUGGAGGUUAAUGCUCUCUUUGCGAUCUGGGCUACUUGUUGAGUCAACAUGGGCUCUAGAUGCCUUAGCUAUUUUGCUUGCUGAUAAUAGUACCGUGAUUUAUUUCAACUUAAAUCAUCUACCUGGUCUUCUACAUGUACUUGUGGAUUACUAUCGGUGUUUCUUAAACAAAAUUUUCAAUUUAGCUAAAGAUUUAGAAAUUAACAAGACUGAGAAAUCAUCAAAUGACCUACAAUGUGGUGGAACUAAUAAUUUAUAUGAUUGGGAAGGGAAAGUCAAAAUUUUAGACUCCUAUAACUUUACCUAUAAAACAAGGUGUAAAAAAAAGGUUGAAAUAGAAUAUGAUGAAGCUUUGUUUCUAAUCGAUCCUCAACGAACGUGGGAUAUUUAUGAAGAUUUUGAGGUUUGUAGUGAACAUUGGCAGAAAGGUGGGGGUGAUAUAACUUCACAUAUACAGACUGUAUUUGCGAGUGAAUCGAAGAAAAUAAAAUUUAGUCGAGAACUUAUAAAUGAGAAAACAAAAGUUAAAAGUCGGAAAAUUUUAUCAAAAGAUAAAUGCACUUCAAAAUCUUGCUUAUAUAAAGAGCCAAUAGUUGUUCUUAAAAAGUUUAAUUUCCUUGUUAAUAAACUAAACUCUUUAAAUGAAUCAGAUUCAGAAAUGGAUAUUGAAGACAACUGUUCAAUAUUGAGCUCAUCAUCUAUUUUAAGCAAAAAAACGGACAAUUCUAAAAAAGAAGAUCUCGAAAAAGAUUCAGUUGAUUCUAAUGAUGGUUCUUCUAAAGCUGUAGACAUUAUUUCUAAUCAGUUAUUGACUUCAGAUGGUGAUGCUUUAAUAACAGAUGCAAAGUGUGAGGCAGAUGUAUUGAAUAAUAAAGAAUGUAAAACUGAUAGUAAUGAAUUUAAGGAAUCAUUGUGCUCAUCAGAGUCUAAUCCUCGCUUGAGAGGAUCACUUUCAUCACGCAAGAGAUUUCUUAGUGAAGAAAAGGAAGAUGAAGCUUAUUGUUUUGAUGAGCCUGCUUUGUGUACAACAAAUGAUUCUCAAGAAAUGUUGUCUCGACGUUGUGUUUGUGUUUCAACUAUCUUGCGUAACCUUUCAUUUGUUCCAAAUAAUGAUAUAGUUAUGGGUAAAAAUCCUGGAGUUUUAGUGCUUUUAGGACGUUUGCUACUUUUACACCACGAACACAAACCUUCUAAACCAUAUCAUAAAUAUGAGAGAGACAUUGAUUUAAAUAUGUCGUGGAAUGAUUCAUGCACUAGUUUAAAGGAUGAACAAGAAUGGUGGUGGAGCACCCUUAAUGUGCUAAGAGACAAUACUUUGGUGAUAUUAUCUAAUAUAUCAGGUCAACUAGAUCUGUCACCAUUUCCAGAGGAAGUAAGCCUUCCUAUUUUGGAUGGUUUAUUGCACUGGGUUGUUUGCCCAUCAUCUUAUGCUCAAGAUCCCUUGCCAUCUCGUUCACCAUCCUCCGUCCUGUCGCCUCAAAGACUAUGCUUGGAAGCUCUUUGCAAACUUUCUGUGCUUUCAAAUAAUCUUGAUCUCAUUAUAGCUACGCCUCCAUGGUCUCGUAUUGAAUCCUUAUUAGCCUUUUUGACAAAAUGUUUAAGUUUUGGACAAGAUCAAAUUAUGAGAGAAUUUGCUCUUAUUUUGCUCUCAAAUAUUUCACAAGCAGACACAGUUGCAGCUAGGACUAUUGCUGAACAAGGUUGUGGUAUUCCCUAUCUAAUUUCUUUCAUUGAAGAGGCUGAAGCUAAUGCUUUCCAAAUAGCCAGUUCUCAGGGUACAAAAAAACUCCGGGAUAAACCAGAACUAAUGGGCACUACUCCAGGGAUGGUGCAAAGAGCAGCCAAAACACUAAAAAAUUUAGCCUUAGUUCCUGAGAAUCAAUCUUUAUUCAUGAGGUUUCAACCCCGUCUUCUUUCUCUUGUUAUGUCCCAGGUGAUGGAUCAAGAACUGGCAGCAAUCAUAGCAGAUGUUUUGUUUUAUUGUUCAGAAGAUGUAAAUGACGUUUGUAAUCAGCUUCCAAUUUCUUAGCAAAUGAACACACAUGUGUUUGAACACUUUUUCUAAGUCACAGAUUAGCAAACUCAAAUUCCAUUGCUCACAAAUGGCAGACAAAUAUCACAUUGGUGCUACCUAAGCAGCUAAUGAUUUCAUAUGUUUUUAAUGUUAAUUCAUUGCUUUGGGGCUUCACUGCUUUUAUAUGUCAUUGUGAAAAAUAUUGUUGCCUGUUAAAAAAAAGAAAAAGAAAAAAAAACUGCAUUUUCCAUUUGAAAAAAUUUUACUGUAGUUUAUAAUGCGGCUGGGAUUACUCUACUAAUGUAUAUGUCUGCGCUUUGUUUUUCAUUGCUUUGCAAUGAAAUAAAUAUGCAAUUAUGUGUAAGAAUAAGCUUCUUGUAGAAUGAAAUUAUUUUAUGAUCACUGUAUUUUUUUAGCGACUGAAAUGCUUUUAUGUUAGAAAUCAAACUUUCAUAGGUUUAUUAUUUUAUCUAUUUUUAAAGAAAUUUAUUGCUGUUAAAUUGUCCUAAUAGUUAUCUUAUUAUAUUUACAAGUUUCACUUAUUUAUUUUCAUAAGUUAUUUUAUUUUAAACUUUAUUAUAUGCCUGCUCGUCGUUUUAGAAAUAUCUGUCAUCUUUUCAAAUUUUGGGAGCUCUGUGUCAUAAUCAUUAUCUAGUUGUUUAUAAAGUGUAUGAAUUAUAAAAUUAUGGGGAAGGGCUUUUGCUUAACUGAAGUGAAGCUCCAUUGUUGCACCAUAUUUAAAAAGAAACUUUAAAAGUAAAGGCAUGCUUAUAAAAAUAUUACUCUGGCCGGUUAAUUCGGAUUGAGUGUUAAUCCGUCUGUUAUGUACUAUGUCCAUUUGUGUAUUUAAUUAAGGCCCAAGGCCAAUUUUAUAAGGUUUUAUUUCAAAUAUUUUAUGUUAAUGAGAUGGCGAGACAUUUAAAAUUUUAUAUUGUUGUUUGUUAAAAUCAUGUUGGAAUGUUUAAUGGAUUUAUUAUUACAGAAAAUGUUCCUACCUAUUUAUUAUCUCAAUCCCACUUAGCUUUUUUUUUUUAAUAAUUUUUUCUGUGCAAAAUUAUAAAGCCAGUAUAUAUGCAGGUUUUUGAAGCUUUGUUUUUCAAUAUUGAUUUGCCAGUUUGACUAAAUUUCUGAGUAUUAGGCCCAUAAGAAAUUUAGAUAGAUACUUAUAUUAUGAAUUGCUGACUAUUAAGCAAUACUACAUGGAAAAAAAGUAGUUUUAGUAACAAAAAAAUUUCAAAUAUGUAGUUUAAUCUAAGUUGUGCUUUGUGACAUUUCUUUUUUACAUACAAUUUUCUUUGCAACAGAAGUAAUAGUACAAUACAAGAGAAAGAUAUCAAAUUGCUUCAUUACAAAUGAUUGCACGAUUCAUUAAUCUUUACUACCAAAUUGGCAUGUAGGACAUAUAUAAAUAUAUGAAAUAUAUUCUUGGGUUAAAAAUCUUGUGACAGUUAAGCCUUCUAGAUUUUCAGAAAAAGUAUCAACUUAUCAUAUUUUAAUAAAUAAAGCUUUAAUGGUAGCUCAGUGUAAUAUAGGACUAAGUUUAUGACUCUUUUGCAUAGAAAUAUUUAAGAGCUGGUUAUAUUUUCAUUACCUAAUAUAAAGCAAUACAACCAUUAUGUAAGAGUUAACUUUUAUUCUUUAAUCAAGAAUUGUUCUAUAUAAAAAAAAAUUUGUAUUGCUAAUUUAGAGUUGCCUUAACUACUUUAAUCAAAUCAAUUGAAAAUUGAAUAAAAGUUGCUAUGUGGACAGCCCUUAUUUUCCCAAAUAAUAUCUCUAUAAUAAAUUAUUUAUUGCUGCACACAUAUACAGGUUUAUGUGCUCAUUACAAAAUAAGACUUAUAAGCCUU